AUGGUCGGAAUCGCUCUGCUAGGCGCUGGCAUUUUUGCCCGGGAGCAACACCUCCCCGCAAUCGAAUCCGUUCCCUCCCUCUCCCUCAAAGCCAUCUACUCCCGCUCCGAAUCCUCCGCCAACACGCUCGCCUCGGCCGCCUCGUCUCCCGUAGACGUCUACUACGACGUGCCCACCGGCUCCGGCGAAGCCAAUGUCGGGCCCGAAGAGAAGACCCUCGACGCUUUGCUCGCCCGCACCGACAUCGACGCCGUCGUCAUCGCCCUGCCCAUCCUCGCGCAGCCGGCUGUCAUCGAGAAGGCGCUCAAGGCCGGCAAACAUGUGUUGAGCGAGAAGCCGGUGGCCAAGGAUGUGGAGGAGGCGAAGCGGUUGGUUGGAUUCUAUGAGGCGCUGGACAAGAAGCCGUUGUGGGCGGUGGCCGAGAAUUUCAGGUAUACGCCUAGUCUUCUGAAGGCGGCGGAGAAGGUGAAGGAGAUUGGGGGCAAGUUGACUACGUUCCGAUUGAACAUGAAUGGGUGGGUGGAGGAGGGAAACAAGUAUUUCAAGACUGAGUGGCGCAAAGUCCCCUCCUACCAAGGCGGUUUCCUCCUCGAUGGCGGUGUCCACUUCAUCGCCGGCCUGCGCCUUCUGCUCUCCGAACUCAACCAAGAAAUCACCCACGUCGCCGGCUUCAGCGCCCUCCUGGAGGAACGCCUGCUCCCCGUCGACACGGUGCACGCCGUUGCUUUGACCAACGACGGAAAGUCGGGAACCAUCAGCAUCUCGUUCGGCACCCAGUUCAAGACCGGACUCGAGGUCGAGGUAGUCACGACCCAAGGCUCCGUUUACUGGAACCCCACCCAGAUCAAGACCAAGACAAAGGAGGGGGAGAAGACGGAGGAGUUUGAGAAGAGCACCGGUGUUAAGGAGGAGAUGGCGGCGUUCGCUAAGGCGAUUGAGAACGGACAGACGGAGAAGGAGCAGACGCCCGAGGAGGCGUUGAAGGAUUUGGAGGUGGUGCAGAGGUUGUUGGAGUCGGGUGAGGGGAAGGGCAUUGUCAAGGCGGUUGAGGCGUGA